UGGACCUGGCUGCCGUUGUGACACGUCUCAGAGCUGCAAGCAGGUUUGAAUCCAGGAUCCUUGUGGCCCUGCUCCCCGGUUCCUACCCUCUCCCUUCUCCUAUUCUUUAUCUCUUUAGGCUUUUCCCCUCAGGACCUCUCACAGGUUACCCUAAUUCCUGCUGCCCUGGAGGCCCCCUGUGUUAGUCACAGGAUUUUUACUACCUAACAGGUUAAUAGUCCACUUCUGAUCGUCCCUCACUUUCAGACUCAAGGCUCCACGGUUUCCUGGCAGGCAAGAAAUGCUGGGAAGGAUGGACCCCAGCGCGUUACUGCCUGAGGGUACAGGUUAGGGAUCAAGGGUGGGAAAUUGGUGCCAGUCAUCUAAUGCAAGGCCUUAAUCACUGCCCUGCCUUCUGUAGGUACUUCCAGUCAGCUACCAUGGCCUCUCAGCGUCUUGGGCUGGCAGAAGAGUCUGGCCCAAACCCCGGGGAGUCUGAAUUGGCUGUGAACCCCUUUGAUGGGCUCCCAUUCUCUUCCCGCUACUACGAGCUGCUUGAGCAGCGCCGAGCCUUACCCAUCUGGGCUUCUCGCUUUAUCUUCUUGGAGCAGUUGGAGAGUAGCCCCGGUGGAGUGGUGCUGGUGUCUGGAGAGCCUGGCUCUGGCAAGAGCACCCAGAUCCCUCAGUGGUGUGCAGAGUUUGCACUGGCCAGGGGGUUCCAGGAAGGCCGAGUGACUGUCACUCAGCCCCACCCUCUGGCAGCCCUGACCCUGGCCAUGCGGGUUGCCGAUGAGAUGGACCUAACCCUGGGUCAUGAGGUUGGAUACAGCAUUCCCCAAGAGGACUGCACGGGGCCAGACACCCUGCUCAGGUUCUGCUGGGACGGGCUGCUUCUGCAGGAGGUAGCCUCAACCCGGGGCACAGGAGCGUGGGGCGUGCUGGUGCUGGAUGAGGCCCAGGAGCGGUCAGUGGCCUCGGACUUGCUCCAGGGGCUCCUGCGAAAUGCCAGGCUGGGAAACCUUCCAGGGGACUCGAGAGUGGUUGUGGUUACUGACCCUGCCCUUGAACCCAAGCUCCAAGCCUUCUGGGGCAACCCUCCUACUGUGCAUGUACCCAGACGGCCUGGCACGUGUCCCACACCUAUAUACAGGGACACUGUCCCUACCGAUCGAGUGGAAGCUGCCUGCCAAGCUGUGAUUGAAUUGUGUACGAAGGAGGCUCCAGGAGAUGUGCUGGUGUACCUGCCCAGUGAGGAGGAAAUUUUGCUGUGCUGUGAAUCCUUGUCCAGGGAGGUGGGGCCCUUGGCUCUCAGGGGGCCUCCACCACGGGUGCUGCCCCUUCACCCCGGAUGUGGCCCAGCCAUUCAGGCUGCAUACGAGGACACAGACUUGGGUGCCCGAAAGGUCGUGGUCACUCACUGGCUGGCUGACUUCUCCUUCUCCCUCCCUUCCAUCCGACAUGUCAUUGACUCAGGACUGGAGCUUCGAAGUGUGUACAAUCCUCAGAUUCGAGCAGAAUCCCAAGUGUUGAGACCAAUCAGCAAGUGUCAGGCAGAGGCAAGAAGACUGCGGGCAAGAGGGUUCCCACCAGGGUCCUGCCUCUGCCUGUACCCUAAGUCCCUCCUAGAACUAGAGGCGCCUCUGCUGCCCACAGCCAGGAUAUGUGAGGUGAAUCUGAGCCCUGUGGUAUUACUUCUAAAGAGGAGGCAGAUUGCAGAGCCUGGGGAGUGUCACUUCCUGGACCGGCCUGCUCCAGAAGCCCUGAUGCAGGCCCUGGAAGACCUGGACUACCUGGCAGCCCUGGAUGAUGAUGGGAACCUGUCAGACCUGGGGGUCAUCCUGUCAGAGUUCCCGCUGCCCCCGGAGCUGGCCAAAGCCCUGCUGGCCUCCUGCGAGUUUAACUGUGUAGACGAGAUGCUCACCCUCGCUGCCAUGCUCACUGCUGCUCCUGGGUUCACCCAUCCUCCACUCUCUGCAGAAGAAGCUGCCUUGCGUCGGGCCCUGGAACAUACAGAUGGUGAUCACAGUUCUCUGAUCCAGGUGUACGAAGCCUUUAUACAGAGUGGAGCAGACAAGGCUUGGUGCCAGGCUCGGGGGCUAAACUGGGCAGCAUUGUGCCAAGCCCAGAAACUUCGAGGUGACCUCCUAGAACUCAUGCAACAAAUUGAACUUCCACUGUCCCAGCCAGCCUUUGGCUCUGAGCAGAAUCGCACAGACCUUCAGAAAGCACUGCUGUCGGGAUACUUCCUUAAGGUGGCUCGAGACACAGACGGGACUGGAAAUUAUCUGCUCCUGACCCAUAAGCACGUGGCCCAGCUCUCUCCGUACUGCUGCUACCGAAGCCGCAGGUCUCCAACCAGACCCCCGCCAUGGGUUCUUUACCACACUUUCUCCAUUUCCAAAGACAACUGCCUUUCCAUUGUUUCUGAGAUUCAACCACAGAUGCUGGUAGAGUUGGCCCCUCCAUACUUCCUGAGUAACUUGCCUCCCAGCGAGAGCAGAGACCUCUUGAAUCAGCUGAGAGAAGGAAUGGCAGAUUCUUCAGUAGAGAGUGAAUCCUCCUCCACCCAAGAGUUUGGAGAUGCCUGUGUCCUGCAGUGACCUGCCUAAGGAGUGGAACUGAGCUCAUCUGAAGGCAUUAGGUCCUCUCUCAGGCUAGCACUGAGGUAGCCAACCAAAGGUUAGGGUCAAAUGUAAAUCCUAGAACCUGAGACUCAAGAAAUGGUGGACUGAGAAUAGAGGAGACUGGGUAAGCCACAGUAUACAUAUGGUUGGACAAUUUCCUUAGCCGCCUUCUAUUUAUUGAAGAAUGACUGAUGUACCCCCCAAACCCCCAACUUAUGCCAAACCCACCUUUGUGUACUUAAUUUUGAUCUAUAAAAGUUCUUUCUCUGUGGUGCCAAAUUUUAGUUUGAUUCUGCAGAAGCACAUACAGGAUCCAUGAGUUAGAGGUGACACAGUAUCAUCCAACUCCUCCAGCAACAUCUGCUUGCCUGGCCCCACCUGUGGGCAACCCUUUGCGGUAUAAAUGACCUGGCUGUCACUAACCCAGAAAAUGUGUAGUUUGAGUACAGAUGGUCUCACCCUGCCCCAAGCUUACUUGCCUUUAUCUUGCUCCCACCUACCGGGGAGGAAGAAUGAGAGUGCUAUAAGAAAUCAGACAAAAUCUUCCCUGUUUUCCACAUACAACUUAGAUC